GUGUCUUCACAAAGGCAUAUAGUGUGAGGGCAGUUACCUUCAAAGCCGCAGUCGGCUUUGCCCCUACCUGUGGAAAGGUGACUCGGUGGGCUGUAACUCCCAAAUCAUGGCCUCCUGGCCAUGGUGAUCUGGGUGACCUACAUUCUUUCGUUGCUUGGAGAACGGGAAAUGCCAGGUUUAGUGAUAUCUCUUCUUUAAAAAAAAUGGAAGAGCUGAGUAAGAUUGUUCAUCACUGUCCUAUAGAAUCUUCAAACAACACAAGCUACUUACCAUCAAAAUGCUCUUCUUCAGAGAAGAGACAAGCCCUUGCCUAUUUCUUUGCAAACCCACACUAUGGCAGCAUCAUUAAUGCAGACGGCCAUGCAGAAGUGUGGACAGAUUGGAAUAGUGUGUCCAAGUUUUUCCAGUAUGGAUGGAGAUGUACCACUAAUGAGAAUGCCUAUUCAAACCGUACCCUGAUGGGCAACUGGAACCAGGAAAAAUUUGACCUGAGGAAUAUCGUGCAACCCAAACCUUUGCCUUCCCAGUUUGGACACUACCUUGAAACAACCUAUGAUACAAGCUAUAACAAAAAAAUGCCACUUUCAACACAUAGAUUUAAGCGAGAGCCUCACUCCUUCCCAGGACAUCAACCUGAGCUGGACCCUCCUAGAUACAAAUGCACAGAAAAGUCAACUUAUAUGACAAGUUACUCAGACCCUCAAAUUGGGCAUCACUCUGCACGUGUGUGGAAUCCUAAUAACUGCCCAUUUCAGGGGCCAGGAUUCUAAGGAAGACCAUCACAGAAACCUCCUCAUCAAACAAAGCUGACAGGUGUGUAAAGCAGUGGUUCUCAACCAGGAGCAAUUUUGUCCUUCAGGAGACAGUUGGCAAAUGUCUAGAGACAUUUUUGAUUGUUACAAAGCUGGUGUGUGUACUACAUCCAGUGGGCAAAUGCCAGGGGUGCUACUAAACAUCCUACAACGCACAGAGGAGCCCCCACCUCAAAGGAUUAUCCGGCCCCAAAUAUCGCCAAUGCCAUAUUGAGAAAGUCUAUUGUAAACUGAGAGCUCGUUGUUGCUUUGAUUUGCAUUGCACUACCAAUGAUUUUCAGCAUUUCUUUGCACGCACGUGCCUUAUUGGUUCCCACUUCUGUAAAUUUCCUAUGUACAGUCUUUGUCCACUUUUUGUUUUUAUUGGAGGAGCUGUCCGUUUCUUGGUUUGCAGGGGUCCUUUGUAUAUUCCUGCUACUAAUGCCAUUGAUCUCAUAAUUUUUAGAGAUUACAUACAUUUCCCUUUCUGUCAGCUUCUGUGGAGGACUACAGGUGGCCACAAAUUCCUUGACACUCCUCUCAUCAAAAUGUGGUAGUCUAGGCCCCUUCCUUUUAAAUAUAAACAGACUCUGCGAUUGUUUUGACCCAAACAAACGCACGGCAGAAGUAACACCAUGCAGCUUUCUAGGCCCAGGCCUUAAGAAACUGGCAGCUUGCACUUCCUGUCUUGUGGAAUACUCCUUCCUGGAGCCCUGAAGUCCAAUCACCUGAUGGAAACAUCCUACAGAGAGGCCCUGAGACUACAAAGAGAGGGAAAGGGGCCCAGCUGAGUCCAGCCUUCUAACCGUCUUUACCAAAGCAUCAGGAAGGAGGGCUAAGCCAUCUUAAAGCCUGAAUACCACCAACUGACCCCAGUCAAGGUCAUGAGGAGCUCAAGAAUUGCCCAGCUGAGCCCUGUGCUGUAAAUAGUAAGGUCUAAUAAAUUAUUGUUAAGCUACUAA